ACUUGUGUCAAAUGGCGACUGUCCCCUUGACUGCUAUGCAGGCGAAUAUAGGUUCCACCGUUUCCAGUUCAACAGCUUCAGCUCCAGGAAGCGUCUCACAGGUGAAGGUUAUCAGCCCCUGCUGUAAUGCUUCUAAAUUGCGAAAAUGGUCGGCGCCAUCGGAUAUCUACUCCCCAUCGCUCUUCUUUUCCAGCUCUUUCCGUAUCGUACCUCUCACGUCUUCCUCGUCGUCAUCGUUGUUUCCUUCUUGUCAGAGAAGAACUGGUUUUGUUAGUUCCGUUCGUGCCGCAGCUCAGGACGUGGGAUUGCAAUCUAAAGUCACCGAUAAAGUAUAUUUUGAUAUAAGCAUUGGGAAUCCUGAGGGUAAAUUUGCUGGGAGGAUCGUGAUAGGAUUGUUCGGUGACGAUGUUCCCCAAACCGUUGAGAACUUCCGUGCUCUGUGCAUCGGGGAGAAGGGCUUUGGGUACAAAGGUUGCAUGUUCCAUCGUGUAAUCAAGGAUUUCAUGAUUCAAGGAGGAGAUUUCGAGAAAGGAAAUGGAACUGGAGGCAAAAGUAUUUAUGGUCGGACAUUUAAAGAUGAAAACUUUAAGUUGUCUCAUGUUGGACCAGGAGUCGUCAGUAUGGCAAAUGCAGGGCCAAACACCAAUGGGAGUCAAUUUUUCAUCUGCACUGUCAAGACACCAUGGCUGGAUCAGAGGCAUGUUGUUUUUGGGCAAGUUUUGGAAGGCAUGGACAUUGUGAAGUUGAUUGAGUCACAAGAAACUGACAGAGGGGAUCGUCCGAGAAAGAAGGUGGUGAUUAGUGACUGCGGUGAACUUCCAACGGUUUGAGAUAAUCUCAUACUUCCUGUCACAA